CAUUCUAGGAGGGGGCCUUCUCGAGUCUUUUACCAACCCGGAUAGGAGUGACAAAUUGUUUUCGGAGCUGCGCCAAGUGUUUUCGUGCAUAUUGACCAUGUCUAAGUUUGUGGAGCAGCGCGCAUGCAUCAGAUUUUGUUUGCGCAAUGAAAUAAACGCUGCAGAAACAUUGCGGAUGCUGCGAAAAGCAUUCGGGGAAGACUCUAUGUCAAAGAAAAAUGUAUACAAGUGGUACAGUGAUUUUAAAAAUGGCCGUGAGAAGGUCGAAGACGAGGACCGUCCGGGGAGACCAUCCACCUCGACCGACGACGCCCACGUCGUCCAAGUUAAGGAUUUGGUUGUCAACAAUCGUCGGUUGACGAUACGAGACCUUUCAGAACGUGUUGGGAUUUCAAAAGCAUCGGUCAACACCAUCCUCAAAGAUGUUUUGAGGUUGAAGCGGGUGAAGUCUCGCCUGGUACGCAUACGACCCGGAAACAAGGAACCAGUCCAGCGCGUACCGUCCCCCAAACGAGCCGAGGCCCAAGAAGUCACGCCAAAGCCGGUCGAAAAUCAAGGUGAUGCGAACGGUAUUCUUCGAUUACCGUGGGGUGGUUUUCACAAGGAAUUUCUUCCAAAGGGCCAAACGGUGAACAAAGAAUACUAUCUAAGCGUAAUGCGGCGGUUGCGGACCUCCAUCCGGCGAAAACGACCGGAUUUGUAGAAAAACAACAGCUGGUUUUUGCACCACGAUAAUGCGCCCUCCCGUACGGCCAUCAUUUUGAGGGAGUUUUUCGCAAAAACUGGCACCCAUAUUGUUCCGCAACCACCCGUAUUCGCCAGAUUUGGCACCGGCCGACUUCUGGCUGUUCAACAAGCUAAAACUGCCGCUUCGGGGACAUCGUUUUGAUACUAUCGAGGAGAUAGAAGCCGCAGCGCGACGGCGGUACUAAAGGACAUCCCAGCAUCCGCGUUUUCUACCUGCUUCAAGGAGUGGGAGAAGAGGUGGAAGAGGUGCAUUCCAUCGGAAGG